AUGGAUUGUCGCGGCUCGGCGUUUCCAGCCCACGCCGCGAUUCGUCUAGUCGCAGUCUUACUGAUCAUCACUGUCGGCCCGGCCGCCGCUGUCCGGCGGAUAGACACAUUCGCUACAACGACAAGCGCGGACUCCGCCGGCACCGCGACCUCCGUCGACGCGACAGCUGGCGCGUCGGCAUUGGACCUCACGGCUCUGGCGGUGGACGCGAAGACGCAGGCGGAGAUUAAAGCCCUCGCGCCGCUGAUGGGAAGAGCGGGCCUGACGGGAGUCAAGCCGCCCGAACGCGCGUCGUACUUAACUAAUGCCGCGUUCGCGGCGGCGGCGGCGCGCCAGUGGAUCGCGACGGUGAUGCGGCUCGUGCAGAAGCUGAUUCGGCAGGCCGUGGGAGGCGGAAGGAAAGGGCGCGGAUCGAGCAGUGCGCGCGGGAACACCACAACUGUUGACCGCAGCCUGGGCUACGUCCCCCCCACGACCAAGGACCUCGCCAAGCUGCCCAAUCUCAACACCGUCUCGCGCUACCUCACCGUGGGUCUCACGCUCGACGAAGCAUCUCAGACGCUCGGCUGGGAUUUCGAUAAGAGCGUGGACCACCGCCCGCUGUUUGUGCCUGACGAUGAGUUCGACCAGGGCAACUGUGGUGCGUGCUGUUGA